AUGGAACCGCCCAGUAACUUCCUGUCCCACUCAUCGGGCCUCUCCUUAUACCCCUCAAUCACCGCUUCCAGUAUUUUGUCUCCGAGUCCAGGGACGCAAGACUCAGUAGCAGCUCGGUCAGCCCUGGCUGUCUCCGGCCAAAACGGCUGGGGAAACUACGGGAAUGAGUCUCUGAUGCCGCACAACAGCUGCUCCAUGUCAUCGUACUCCAAUCUUCAGCUGGGCGCUUCAUUCCCGAUGAACAGCAAGACCGCAGCGUACAAUGCAUUUGCAGGGGGAGACUAUCUGAACAACUGCAGGCAGAUGCAGAUAUCCUCCCUUGGGAGCCUCAAUGGAAUGAGCCGUUACCAUCCAGGACUUUACGGAGAGAUGUACCAGACUGGUCACCCAUCAGCCUACCACAAUGGUGGGUUCUAUUCGGAUAUGGGGUCUGGGUUACCGCCGCUCCCUGGACGGGAUCUCAACUGCCCUAGCGCACAGUCGGACUCGUCAUCAUCAG